AGAUAGAUGUAUGGCAUUGCAGAUCGACAAUGAAUGGUGCUGUGGAUAUUCAACCUCUAAGUGAGGAAUUGCAAAAAAUUGCCAUAGAAGAGCUGGGAGAGGUACCAGCAAGAAUUCCUGAUGAUUUGUUGGCCCUUAAGACAUGGAUCGAACAGCAGCCGCAUUUAAAGGCCCGCACCGAUGAUCAAUGGCUGAUACAGUAUUUGAGGGGUUGUAAAUACAGCCUGGAAAGGGCCAAGGAGAAAUUGGAUUUUUUCUAUACCAUAACCUCAAAAUAUCCCGAAAUGACGGCGUGCUAUGAUUUGGAUAAUCCCAGAUUUCGGGAGGUUCACAAUGUGGGAGUAUUUCUCCCCCUGCCCAAGUUGCUGCAUGAUUCCGGUCCCCGCCUCGUCUUCUUUCGCAUGAAUUACAACAUCGACAAAUUCCGAGUUGAAGAUGUCAUGUUGCCCUGUAAUGUCAUGCAUCAGGUCAUGAUGCUGAAUGACCCCCAUGCCUGCAUAAAUGGCCUCUUCUAUGUUGCAGAUUUUAGUGGUACCGCCGGCCAUUUCCUGCAAUUCACUCCGAGUAUCAUAAAACGACAGGUGGCCUAUUUUGAAAAAGCUCUGCCGUUGCGCAUAAAAGCUUGGUGUUUCAUCAAUGUAUCGGUGGUGGCGGAGCAGUUUUUUAAAAUUAUUCUACCUUUGGUCUCCGAGAAGCUGAGGAAGAGGAUUCACAUCUACACCAAGGACUCGCUGCACAAGCUACAGGAAUUGGUACCCCUUAAGUACAUGCCCCAGGAAUAUGGAGGGGAAAAUGGCUCUCUAGCCCAGGUUGCUGCCGAUUAUCACAAAGUCUGGGAUGAAUAUCGAGAUUAUUUCAAAGAAAAUGCCCAAUAUGGUACAGAUGAAAGUUUGAGGCCCGGAAAUCCCAUAGAUUUUGAUAGCAUGUUUGGCCUGUGCGGUUCGUUUAGGAAGAUUGAAGUGGAUUGAAAUUGGAGGGGAGAAAA